GGCCCGUGCCGCUGUCAAUCAGAAAUCCUAACUCGCUCCAUGUUAGACUGAAGUGUGUGAAAGUACUGGUGAAGGACUCGCGUGUGUUCAGUUAUUUCAGCGCGUUAAUGGACUAACCGAGACAUAAACAAGACGAGCGGGGGAAAAGUCGUGCAUAUAGCAUGAUAAGCUGAGAUCUCCUGGCAGCAGAUGAGGGAAGAUGUUGGCCAUGGAUCAAGGCGUAGUAGAGGAGUGGCUGUCUGAGUUUAAGACUCUUCCAGAGACGGCCGUCUCCAGCUACGCUGCCUCUCUGAAGGACAAGGGCUCUCUGGUUCCUGCGCUCUAUAAAGUCAUUCGGGAGAAUUACAGCGACCUGCUGGAGCCCGUGUGUCAUCAGUUGUUCGAGUUUUACCGCAGCGGCGAGCCGCGUUUACAGCGCUUCACUCUGCAGUUUCUACCGGAGCUGGUGUGGAGUUACCUGUCGGUGACGGCGGGACGAGAUCCGCACUGCAGCGGCUGCAUCGAGGCGCUUCUGCUCGGCAUCUACAACCUGGAAAUCGUUGAUAAAGACGGGCAGAGUAAAGUGUUGUCCUUCACCAUCCCUUCCUUAUCCAAGCCAUCGAUUUAUCACGAGCCGUCUUCCAUUGGCUCUCUGGCCUUGACAGAAGGAGCCUUAGCCAAUCACGGUCUGAGUCGUGUGGUGUACAGUGGCCCCCACCUGCAGCGUGAGACCUUCACCGCGCAGAACAGGUUUGAGGUGCUGACGUUUCUGCUGCUGUGUUAUAAUGCGUCUCUGAGCUACAUGAGCAGCUCGUCUCUGCAGUCUCUGUGUCAGCUCAGCUCCAGAGUCAGUAUCUGCGGAUAUCCGCGGCAGCAGGUGCGGCGGUAUAAAGGCAUCAGCUCGAGACUCAUGGUCACGUCAGAGUUCCUCGUGCAGCUCAUCACCGGCAUUCAUUUCGCACUGUGUAACGGUGAGGUGGAGCUGGGCUCGAGGGCUCUGGAGGACGUGUUGUACCGAUCACAGCUGGAGCUCUUCCCAGAGGCGCUGCUGGUGGGAAACGCCAUCAAGUCAUCUCUCCACGGCGCGUCUCUGAAGGCCAAUAAAGAGGGAACUCGCUCCAUCCAGGUGGAGAUCACUCCCACGGCUUCCCGCAUCUCCCGCAACGCCGUCACCAGCCUGUCCAUACGUGGACACCGCUGGAAACGCCACGACGCAGUGGAUCUGGGUUCCCCGGAUGAGCUGACGGAGAUCGCGGAGGUGGACGAGGGCAUCUGCACACAAGCGUCCGCCGCUCCGAGCAGCCCGCCGACCAUCGUCAUCAGCGGCAGCAGCAGCGGCGGGAAACCGGGCGGGAAGGGUCUGCGCCGCCUGACGGGCCGCUCCAGCAAAGACAAGGAUAAAGACAAGGACGCGGCGAGCGGCGUGGAGCAGCUGUCGCGCAAACAGGCCACCGUCCGCGCCAUGAGCGAGAACCUGGAGCUGCUGUCGCUCAAACGCCUGACGCUGACCAAGAGCGGCUCGCUGAGUCUGUCGCGCACCGCUAGCGCCGUCUUCUCGCGCUCCUUCGAGCAGGUCAGCAGCGUCCUCUCCUCCAGCCCCACGGCCAAUCACCUCGCGGAGGCGGACGACGGGGGCGUGGCUUAUUUGGAACACCUAAGCCCCGCCCACCAGCACCGGCAGCGCUCGCCCACCAUCAGUAUCCACGUGACCUCUGACCUGUGACCCUAAACAGAGACGCACACCGCUGCCACCUUGUGGCAGGAAACUGCAGCACCUUACAGGAAGUCUGUUUAUUUUUUCCCUUUGGUUUUCGUCAGUCGUGAUUGAUUACCAAAGUAUUUUUGAAGUGUUUUUAACCCAUGUGAAGUCAGAUGUUGUGUAUUUUUAAUGCCGAUUCAGACGUUUUCAUGGCAUUAUGAACGUUUUUUUAUGUGCGCGAACUGCAGUUCCUCUUCUCUACGUAUCCCAGCAUGCACUGGGCUCCAACAUGAAGCCAUCACGUCACAGUUUCCAGGAAUUUGGAUGCUUGAUUACAAACCCGAGUGGAAAAAUCCUGAAUAAAUCCGACCAAAACGAGAGCCGGAUUCAUGUGAAGUCAGAUAUUUCUCUUUCGUUAUUCACUAAUUCAAGUAAACUGUCAAAAUGCAUACAUUUACAUAUAAUAUUUAAUUUUGUAUUAAUAAUGCAAUUUUUAAUGAAUAACAAAGCAAAAUAAAAUAAUAGUGUAAUUCAAAUAUAUUUGUUUGACUGGGAUUUUUAUUUUAUUUGCCUUUCAUUAUUAAGCAAUUCAAGGAAAUAGUCAAAUUGCAUACAUAUAAUAUUUAAUUUACUGUUUUUUACUGUAUUUUUCAUCAUAUAAACGCAGCCUCGGUGAGCAGAAGAGUCUCUCAAAAACAUUUAAAAACUCCACACGUUUGACCGGUUCUUCUCUCUCCGCCGCAGACGCAGUGCAUUUGGGUUCCAGUAUCCAUGUGACCUCUGACCUGUGACCCUAAACAGAGACGCUCACUGCUGCCACCUUGUGGCAGGAAACUGCAGCACCUUACAGGAAGUCUGUUAAUUUUUUCCCAUUGGUUUUCGUCAGUCGUGAUUGAUUACCAAAGUCAUGUAUUUUUGAAGUGUUUUUAACCCAUGUGAAGUCAGAUGUUGUGUAUUUUUAAUGCCGAUUUGGACGUUUUGAUGGCAUUAUGAAAGUUUUUUACGUAUGCGAACUGCAGUUCCUCUUCUCUACGUAUCCCAGCAUGCACUGGGCUCCAAUCUGAAGCCAUCAUGUCACAGUUUCCAGAUAUUUGGAUGCUUGAUGACAAACCCGAGUGGAAAAUCCUGAAGAAAUCAGACCAAAAUGAGUCGUCUUCACUUAUAGUCAUCUUUUUCCUGGUGUUUCUAAAGCAAUAUGGUUAUUAUAUGAAUCGCUGUAUGUGAGGCCAAAAGAGAUGCUUUGACACGUGAGGCGGGUGGGUUAGUAUUGGUGGUUAAACUGGUAUUAGUUAACCAGCCGUUCACGUGUCACACCGAUGUCAUGCAGAGACCCAUCAAACAGUGUGAUUAUAAGCCAGAAAUCAUUUCUUGAUUUAAAAAUGAAUCUUUUUUUUUGCUUUUAUUGGUGCAUCACUGUGCUUUUGCACCAGUGUUUGUCUGGUUUUAUUGUUUUCUUUUUUAAGAUGAAGACGUUUUCUGCUCAUAAUGGUUUGUGUUUUUCAUUUGAAGUGGAUCAUCAAUAACAGUGCUCGUGUCUGUGCUCAGAUCAUUUGGAGAAUGUGAAUAUUUUGUUGUGAAUUGUAAAUAUUAUUGUACUACAGUCAUUUUUUGGCUUUUGUCAAAAAAAAAAAAAGUAACAUUACAGUCUGAAAAUAAAGAUUUCUAUUUCA